AUGGCAAAGGUGGCCGGAAAGGAUAAACAGUUUGCAGAGGCGAGAAGCUACCUGAAGAAAUUCUUCAACCUGACAGAGGAAAGUGGUCCAGCUGUUAGACGGGGACUCAACCCUGUUACCAUCAAGCUCACAGAGAUGCAGAAAUUCUUUGGUCUCAAAAUCACCAGGACGCCCGACUCAGACACUUUGGCCAUGAUGAAGAAGCCUCGCUGUGGCAUUCCUGAUGGAGCUGUCGCUCGUUUCUCCAUCUUUGGAAAAAAACUGAAGUGGGAGAAAAACAGCCUCACCUACAGGAUUGUGAACUACACUCCUGACAUGUCCAACGCAGAGGUGGAUGACUCCAUAGAUAAAGCUCUGCAGGUCUGGUCCAGAGUGAUUCCCCUG